CACCGCAGACCUCGGUCACCGUUACCGCAGCAUCCGUCUGAACUGCCUUCAAAUCCAGCCGUACACAGCACUUUCACCACUUCCUUCUCCUAAUACACGCUCUCAGACCUUGACAUUGUCCUCCGGUAUAUCAGCGGUUGUCUGCGGGGACCGAGCGGGAUACAACCCUGUAACCGCGACUGACAGCAGCGGGUUUCUGCGCCAAGAAACGAUGUGGACACCGAACCGCUGGUGAAAGUGCUCAAUAGUUUGGCUGCACAAGGAUUCACUGGUCAUGCUGUGCUUUGGAGGGACAAGAAGAGACGCUAAAUAAGAAAGGACGAGAGAGUCGAGAGAGGAGUCAUCAGACAGCAGCAGCUAUCAUGUCUCGCCAUCAAAGCCGAGCCACCAGCCUGGAGGAGAAGGGAGCCACGCCCAUCCACAGGAGCUCCACCCCCUUACACAAGAGCUCCACCCCCACUCACAAAAGCGCAUCCUCUUCCUCUUCAUCUCAGAGAGACAGUCGACAAGAGACUGAUAGUUGGGAAAUCAUCGAGGGGCUAAGGAUUGGUCAAACUCAUAUCCAGAGACCAGAGAAACAUGAAGGUUUUAUGCUGAAGAAGAGGAAAUGGCCUCUGAAGGGCUGGCACAAGCGAUUUUUCAUUUUAGAUAACGGGAUCCUGAAGUACUCCAAAUCUCCUGUAGAUAUUCAGAAAGGAAAGCUGCAUGGCAGUAUAGAUGUGGGUCUGUCUGUGAUGUCCAUCAAGAAAAGAGCUCGCCGCAUAGAUCUGGACACAGAAGAGCACAUUUACCAUCUCAAGGUGAAGUCUCCAGAUGUUUUUGACAUCUGGGUGUGCAAGCUGCGUCACCAUCGUUUGUUCCGUCAGAACGAGAUUGUUCGCUCUCCUCGUGAUGCUACGUUACGGACCUUCCCUCCGUCUGCCAGCGCAGAGUCACCCCAGAACACCCCUUCCAGCACACACCAAAACAAGCAGGGUAAACCCAGUAGUCUGCCCUGGCAGCUGCCGCCAUCCUGUAGUAAUGGACAGAGUAAAGUGGCAGCCUGGUUACAGGACUCAGAGGAGAUGGACAAGUGUGCAGAAGAACUUGCCUACUGCCAGUCUAGUCUUUUAGAAUUGAGUCAACUGCUGCAAAGUCUGGAGAUCUUACAAAGGACACAGUCAGCUCCAAACUUCACCGACAUACAGAGUAACUGUGUAGAUUUGACAAAGAAAGAAAAGCGAGUCAGCAGAAGAUGGAGGACUAAAAGUGUCAGCAAAGAUGCAAAAUUGCAACAGCAGGUCCAGUCACUUCCCCAGUCACACAGUGCUAAAGUUCCCCUGAGUGCAAGUAUGUCUCAAGUGCGUCUCCACUCCUCUAAUCCUAACCUAUAUGCGGAGUUGGCUGAUUUUCAAACCCCAGUCCCACGUCUGACUGACAGUAUCGACAGCGCCGGUGACUACAUCAAACUGCAGGAAGAUUUCUGCAUAGUUGCGCAAAAAGGUGAACAAAGCAUCCAUUCCAGUGUCACUGGAUCUGCGUUGCCAUGGCAAGAGAAAUGUUGUGCCUUGUCCCAGAAUGUUGAGCUCAAGACCCGUCUGAACCGAAUCCACUCUGAGUCGGUUCUGUCUGACCAGGUCGUCAGUGUGAACAUCAUCAGCAGUCCUGACGAGGCUGGGGAUCCGCUCCACGUGGGCAUCCCUCUCUCUCAGCAGGUGUCCAAUGAGAGCAGACUCUCCAUGUCAGAGUCAGUGUCGGAGUUCUUCGAUGCUCAAGAGGUGCUUCUGUCCGCCAGUUCAUCAGAGAAUGAGGCCUCUGAUGACGAGUCUUACGUCAGUGAUGUGAGUGAUAACAUUUCAGAGGACAACACCAGCGUCACAGAUAACGUUUCCAGACAGAUGCCUAAUGGUGAUCUGGCCAGUGGUGCGUUUCGUAACGGUAGACGUACGUGUCUCCCUACUCCCGCCCCUGACACGUCCAACAUUAACCUGUGGAACAUCCUGAAGAACAACAUCGGAAAAGACCUGUCGAAAGUGUCCAUGCCAGUGGAGCUGAACGAGCCCCUGAACACACUGCAGCACAUGUGUGAGGAGCUGGAGUACACAGAGCUGCUGGAUAAAGCAGCUCAAACCGACGACCCCUAUGAACGCAUGGCAAUCGUUGCAGCGUUUGCAGUUUCAGGAUAUUCCUCCACCUAUUAUAGAGCAGGCAGUAAACCCUUUAACCCCCUUCUGGGGGAAACGUAUGAAUGUAUCCGUGAAGACAAAGGAUUCUGCUUUUUUUCUGAACAGGUGAGCCAUCAUCCGCCCAUCUCCGCUUGUCACUGUGAGUCACAGAACUUCACCUUCUGGCAAGACGUCAGAUGGAAGAAUAAGUUUUGGGGAAAGUCUAUGGAGAUUCUUCCCAUCGGAACAGUGAAUGUCAUGCUGCCCAGUUAUGGUGAUCACUAUGAGUGGAACAAGGUGACGACGUGCAUCCACAACAUUCUGACCGGGAGGCGAUGGAUAGAAAAUUACGGCGAGGUCACGAUCAGAAACAUCCGCAACACUACCUGCAUCUGCAAACUCACCUUUGUUAAGGGAAACUACUGGAGUUCGAAUGUGAGUGAGGUGCAAGGAUCAGUGAUGGACCAGGAGGGAAAAGUCAUUCACAGACUGUUUGGGAAAUGGCAUGAGGGUCUGUACUGUGGAGUCCCACCUUCAGCCAAAUGCAUCUGGAGACCAGGGUCUAUGCCUACAGAUUAUGAGCUGUACUACGGCUUCAGCAGGUUUGCUAUAGAGCUCAAUGAGCUCUGCCCUGAGCUGAAGGAGCUGCUGCCACCAACAGAUGCUCGAUUCAGGCCGGACCAGAGGUACAUGCAGUGUUGCAAAUUGCACUCUUACUGGUCUAUGCCUACAGAUUAUGAGCUGUACUACGGCUUCAGCAGGUUUGCUAUAGAGCUCAAUGAGCUCUGCCCUGAGCUGAAGGAGCUGCUGCCACCUAAGUGA